AUUUAUUGUCCAAGGUAAACCACGACUUUCCGUGACGUUUCCAUCUUCUUCUGAAGUCUAGCCCUUUCUAUUCUUGCUUAUAAAGUGUGAAAAUGUAAGAAAUUCUAGAGCAAGCUUUGGAUCUCCCCCUCUCUAUACAUAUAUAGACACGCUUGUUUCUUUUGGCUUUCCAAGGAGAGGAGGGGUACAUUGGUCGAUAAAGUCUCAACUCUUUGAAUCAUAUCAAAACUGAUCAAUGGCAAUGAAGCAAAAAAUAGUGUUCAAGGUACAGAUGAAUUGCGAGAGAUGUAGGAUUAAGACGCUCAAGGUUGUGUCGGAUGCAGAUGGUGUGGAUUCUAUGGGAUUUGAAGGAGAGAGGAGGGAGAACGUGGUUGUGAUCGGAGAUGGAGUUGAUGCUGCUACUCUAGCCAGCAGGUUAAGGAAGAAAGUUGGGCACACUGAAAUUAUCAGUGUUGCCCUGGCGAACUGAAAGACAGACAAGGCUACUAGCUCCAACCUUAAUUAGCUUAGCUUUCAUGAAAGAAUUAAAACUAUUCUAAAAUCUUUGCUGUAUAAGAUCAUGUGGCGCAAAGAGAUCUGAUUGAAAUAAAAUUUGUUUUGCGUUAGUUAGUUCGGUCCCUGCAACCCUAUAGAAUAGUCUUCUUUGGAGUUGACUGUAUUAAUUAAUUAAUGUAGCCCUUAUAAAUUCAAUAAUAAUAAUAAUAAUAAUCCAUUUCCA